AUGAAGACUCCUCCAAACUCUGAGAAUGAGUUAGAGGAAGUUGAUUCAGAUGACGUAUUCCCUGCAUUUAGAGAAGGAGGGAGGUUUGGAGAGCUUAGGCUAGAGGUUGGAAUGACUUUCACUACAAAAAUGGAGUUUAAAGAGGCUGUGCGUGAAUAUUGCAUACAAGAGGGUAGAAGGAUUUGGUUUAAGAAGAACGAUAACGUGAGGAUGAGAGCUGUGUGUAAGGAUGCGAGCUGUGGCUGGCUUAUGUAUGCCUCUAACAAUACUAAGAACAAAUGCUGGCAGAUCAAGACAUUCAUGGAUGACCACACAUGUGCAAGAGAGACCAAAAAUAGACUAGCUAAUAGGAAGUGGCUAGCCUGCAAAUUGGUGAAGAAACUAAGAAAAUAUCCGAAUCUGAGACACUCCGAGGCUGCACAAUAUUUUAAGACUAAAUGUGAUCUGGAACUAAACAAGUCUUCACUAACCAUGGCCUUAGGAGAUGCUAGAUCUGUUGUGUACGGUGAUGCAGCUGCCCAAUAUGGUAUGGUGAGAGAUUAUGGGCUGACACUACUGAAGAGCAAUCCAGGAUCCACUGUCACAGUUGGGGUUAUACCUCAGCCCAACCCUGAUGAUGAUCCAAUUUUUGAGAAGAUGUAUAUAUUGUCUGCAAUUGGCCAAGACGCAAACAAUCAUAUAUAUGUUAUUGCCUAUGCAAUUGUCCCUGUUGAGAACACUGAAAACUGGAGAUGGUUCUUGGAAUUACUCCAUCAAGACCUGGGGGAUUAUAAGAAGAACAAGCUCUGUUUUAUCUCAGAUAUGCAGAAGGGCCUUAUAAAUGCAGUUAAGGAGGUUUUUCCAGAUGUGCAUCAUAGAUUCUGUGUUUGGCAUUUGUGGAAGAACUUCAACAAGCAAUGGAAGGAUUUCCAGCUUAGAGGGCUACUCUGGGAUUGUGCAAGGUGUACUAGCCAAGAUGGCUUCCUUGAUAUCAUCAAAAAGAUUGAAAGGGUUAAUAAGGAAGCCUGGGAGUAUUUGAACAAGUGGCCUAGAGACUCUUGGAGCCGGGCAUUCUUCAGUAACGCACCUAAAAUAAAUAACAUCUGCAACAAUGCCUGUGAAGUCUUCAACUCCAGGAUCAAAGAUGCUAGAGCUAAGCCUAUUAUCACACUCUUGAAAGAAGUCAGAAUGUAUGCAAUGAGGUCGAUAGCUAGGAACAAGGUGAAGCUGAAUUCGAACAUUGGAGUUCUACCUCCUAUACAACGCAGGAGGUUAGAAAAGAUACGGAAGGAAUCAAAAAAUUGGGUCCCGAUGUGGUUUGGUGACGCAGAUUAUGAGAAGUUCGAAGUACAUGGCUGGCCAACCAACAUGGUUGUGGACUUGGGAAAGAGGCUCUGCACAUGUGGUUUCUGGCAAUUGAGUGGGAUGCCAUGUGUGCAUGCGUGUGCUGCACUGGCAAGGGAUGGUAAGAGACCAGAGGACUACUGUCACCAGUGGUUGACCAUGGAAGCAUAUAACAACACAUAUGCCUUCCAUAUCAAUCCAAUUCCAGGUCAAGCACUAUGGGAAAAGUCACCAUAUAACAGACCACAAGCACCAAAAUUUAGAAACAAGCCCGGACCACUCAAGAAAAAAAGAAGAAAAUAUGCUGAUGAAGAGCCAAGUGACAGUAAGAAGUUGAAGACGAAGAUGAAAAGAAUAUAUAAAAAAGGUCGAUGUCGUUGUUGUGGCGAAGCAGAACACACGAGAAGGAACUGUCCAAAGAGGGCUGCUGCCGAAGAGGCUGCUGCUGCAGAGGCUGCCGCUGCAGAGGCUGCCGCUGCACAACCCACUGCUGCUAAUGGUGGUGAAGGUCAGCCCAACUCUGCUGCCCCUGUUCUACCCUCACCUGUUAGGCCGCCAAAGCUCCCUUUAAAAAGAAAGUUAGCCAAGGGUUGUGAAAAACCAGCUUCAGGAAGUAGCAAUCCACCAGUAACCACCUCACCUGCUGCUACCCCACCAGGAAGUAGUUAUACAUCAAGGAAUCCCGCACCUAACCCUAUGCAAGGUGCAACACAGGAAACUGCUACAAGGCUUGCAAAUUUCAUGAAAUUUGUGCCCAAUCCUUGA